AUGGAGCUGCGCUCGGAGCUGCCCAGCGUGCCCGGCGCGGCGACGGCGGCUGCGACUGCGACAGGGCCGCCCGUGGCGUCGGUGGCGUCGGUGGCAGCGGCCGCAGCCGCGGCCGCGUCGCUGCCAGUGAGCGUGGCAGGCGGCUUGCUGCGGGCGCCGCCGCUGCUGUUGCGGGCGGCCGAGAAGUACCCGCGGACCCCUAAGUGCGCGCGCUGCCGCAACCACGGCGUAGUGUCGGCGCUCAAGGGCCACAAGCGCUACUGUCGCUGGAAGGACUGCCUGUGCGCCAAGUGCACGCUCAUCGCCGAGCGCCAGCGCGUCAUGGCCGCACAGGUGGCGCUGCGCAGGCAGCAGGCGCAAGAGGAGAACGAGGCGCGCGAGCUGCAGCUGCUCUACGGCACUGCCGAGGGCCUGGCGCUGGCCGCCGCCAACGGCAUCAUCCCACCUCGGCCCGCCUACGAGGUCUUUGGCUCGGUGUGCGCCGCCGACGGCGGGGGGCCAGGAGCUGGAGCGCCCGCGGGGACUGCAGGCGGCGCGGCAGGCGCAGGGGGCGCAGAGGCCAAGCUGCAGAAAUUUGACUUUGACCUGUUCCCCAAGACGCUGCUUCAGUCGGGCCGCCCGGGCAGCCCGCAGCCGCCGCCGGUGAAACCCUUGUCACCCGACGGCGCGGACUCGGGGCCCGGGACGUCGUCCCCAGACGUGCGGCCCGGCUCAGGCUCAGAGAACGGCGACGGCGAGUCCUUUUCGGGGUCGCCCCUGGCCCGGUCCUCCAAGGAGGCGGGUGGCAGCUGCCCCAGCAGCGCUGGCCCCAGUGGCGGCGGCGAGGAGGACAGCCCGGGCUCCGCCAGCCCUCUGGGCUCCGAGUCCGGUUCGGAAGCUGACAAAGAAGAGGCCGAGGCCGCCCCGGCGCCAGGGCUGGGCGGAGGCCCUGGUCCGCGGCAGCGGACGCCGCUGGACAUCUUGACGCGCGUCUUCCCGGGCCACCGGCGGGGCGUCCUGGAGCUGGUGCUUCAGGGCUGCGGCGGCGACGUGGUGCAGGCUAUCGAGCAGGUGCUGAACCACCACCGCGGAGGCCUGGCGGCCGGCCUGGGCCCCACCGCGCUCCCGGAUAAGGCCGCGGUGGGUGCGGCAGCGGCUGCGGACGACGCGUGGCCGGGCCGCGUCGACGCCGCCGCCGCCUCCGCCGCGGCCGGAGGUCCCGGGCUGCCCGCGCCGCUGCAAGCUGGGCCCGCAGCACCUCCGCACCACAGACCCUUGCUGGCCGGCGCCAUGGCGCCCGGGGCGCUGGGCUCGCUGAGCAGCCGCUCCGCCUUCUCGCCACUGCAGCCCAACGCCAGCCACUUCGGCGCCGACGCGGGAGCCUACCCUCUGGGCACGCCGCUCGGCCUCAGCCCUCUGCGCCUGGCCUACUCGGCGGCGGCGGCACACAGUCGCAGCCUGGCCUUCAUGGCGCCCUACUCCACUGCGGGCCUGGUGCCCACGCUCGGCUUCCGCCCGCCCAUGGACUACGCCUUCAGCGAUCUCAUGCGCGACCGCUCGGCCGCCGCGGCCGCUGCUGUGCACAAGGAGCCGACCUACGGCGGAGGCCUUUACGGGCCAAUGGUCAACGGCGCGCCGGAAAAGCAGUAG